AAAGCAGGCAAUCAUAUUGAACGCCUCAUCACGUGAGGACGCGUUGCUGUUCGCGUCACGUGCACCUCACUUUCGUCGUCAUUGGAAAUGCGAGUCGGUCAACUCCAUUGCAAUCUAAACAGGUCAGCAUGUGGAUUCUCGAUUCCGAAGGGGAUUUCCUGGAAGGUAGACGCGUAUGGCUGAAACCCGGGAAGAAGUAUCUCUUCGGUCGCAUCAAGCAGGACGGAGUACGUCACGCUAUACAACAUGCCUCUAUCUCCAGAAAACAUCUCGUUAUUGAAGUUUCUCCUGUGAAACCUGGCGAUGGUUCGCAUAUUCAUACCAAAUCAGAAAUCACAGUCAGUGACCAGGGAUCUAAAUGCGGUACCACUGUGGAUGGAGAACAGAUAAAAGGCCUUUCGAAACGUCUCAGUGGGGAGGAACACACAAUCAUCCUGGGAAGAUACCAGAAUCCAUUGAGGAUUCGAUGGCAAUCUACCGUCCUUAGCUUUUCAUUUUCGUCGAAAGAAUUAAAAGCAAAGGACCCUUUAGGGCCCAUACGCUCACGGCUGGAGGACUUGGAUAUCAAGACUAUCAUUCCGUAUGUGGUCGGGAAGACAACCCAUGUCGUGCAGAACAAGCGAAACACGGCAAAGGGACUCCAAGCUCUCAUAAAUGGCCAGUACAUCGUUCAGGACUCAUACGUCGAUGCUUUAGUAUAUGCAGCUACGCCAGGGGACCUAGAGAAUAUAGAGUCGCUAUCUCCUCUGGAAGAGAACUUCGACGCAGCCUGGCCAGAUCCUUCCGAACACCUUCCACCUCCAGGAAAAGAGCCGAUCCAGAGACCCCCGGAAGCCUUUGCACCAAAUAAAGAUCGCAUCAAUGUUUUCGAAGGCUAUACUUUUGUCUUCUGCGACACUUCCCAGUUUGAGAAUCUACAGGCUCCUAUAACGAAUGGCCACGGCAAGGCAUUGUUCUAUCAGAUCGAAAACGGCGUCACCACCGCAGAAGAAAUAAUACAGUUCAUGCGAAGUGCUGCAGGCCAGAAAGGGCUGGGAAGCGAACAUGAAGGCCCAGGUGUUGUUCUUGUUCGUUUCCGUGCAAAGGGACGCUAUGAAUCGUGGUCUAUUGAACUCGGAAACCAGGUUGCUUUAAUGAUGGAUCAGCGCGUCAUAGAACAGAGUGAGUUCCUGGAUGCUAUCCUGCGGAAUGAUGCGUCGUCUCUGUGUCGGCCUCUUCCCCGAGAGAUAGAACCCAGCCAGGAAGCUAUUCCUCCUAGAGCACCUUCAGAACCGACACCUGCUAUGGACAGGGAAGCCCAGUCUCAGCAAGCACCUCAGCAAGAUACCCAGACCUCUGAGGCAGUUGAGCAACCCAGGAAGCGCCGUCGGGUCCACAAUUUUGUGAGCAAAGUGAAAACUUUCGAUGAUGGUUUCGAUAUGGAAUCCAUCCCAGUGUAUACGCUGGAGGAAGGCGAAUCUGCUCAGCCAGAAUCUCAGUAUAUGGAAAUGGAACCAGCGACCAGUCAGCAAAUCCAAAGCCAAGCACGUACUGACGAGGAAGAUAUGAUGGCUAGCUUGCUUCCCGGUGCCAAUGCGAUGAAGAAGAGACGCGCAGAAUCUAGUCAGAAUAACCGACAAGAAGAAAACAUCGCGCCUAAAGAAGUAAUCCGCAAGCCGAAACGUCAAAAGCUUGACGUCCUGGAAGCAGCGCGGCAGCACCGCGAAGCUGAAGAAAACGCAGCUCAGGAGCAACUCCGUGAAGAAGAAGCGUCUCUCCAAGCUUCCCUGCAAGACAUGAGCAUAGAGCAGAUGAAGAAUCUCGUCAUCGUCGAGGAAAUGGAAGUACCUUCUAGGUUUGUGCGCUCUCAGACAGUAGAUGAGGGUAAUCGGUGGAACGACCAAUGGAAUGGGAGGAAGAAUUUCAAGAAAUUUCGAAGAAAAGGAGAUCUUAAUAUGCCCCGCAACCGUAUCCAGACCGUCAUUGUUCCGUUGGAGGAGGUGAAGCGGAAAGACUACGGUGUCGGAGACAUCUACUGGGCUGGUAAUCGCAGUACUCCUGACAGCAGCACGCGGGACCGAGCCAGUAACACAGAGCGACAACCUAGUCAGCCGCAACUGACGCAGUCAGAUAUAGCGGAAUCUAUAUCCCAGCAGCCUAUCCAGAAAGAUCCAACGCCCCCGCCUCCCAGAAACCCAAGGAGUCAACGGACUCAAAAAAGGGCUCGUGAAGUCCCUGACUCGGACAGUGACAACGAGCUACGGUUUCGGUUUCGUCGGAAAAGAUAAGAGCCGAGUUCAAGUGAUGAAAGGUGUGCUUAUUGCUAGAUUUGUCUGUCAUGUACAUAUUAUCUCUCCGCUUGUAAUAUGAGGUGUAUAUGGUGACGUUCACUGUCUGCGGACUUCAUUAGGAGAUUACAAGCGACUGGA